UAACCGUGUUCGCCUGAUGCUCGACACAUCUGACCCAUCGUAUGUCGGUGUGUGAGUGAUCGAGAGCAUGCACCGAGGCUAAAAGCAGUGAAGAGUUAAGAAGCUUUGUGAUCUGUUGAGGUACUUAGAGUGAGUAAGAGAGGGAGAGGUUGACGAUGAAGGUCCACGGUAAAAGAGCGGGAAGGUGAACAGACUCAGACAGAGGAAACAGAUGGACACUGUGGUAGGAGGACGGCAAAAGAUUUCUGAAAUCCCCAAAGAAAGCAAUAAAAUAGAUGAAGAACCGGGAGAGAGAGAUGGAGAGAGACAGGGAGGGAGCGGGGUUGGUAGUUGUUGGAUUAAGUCGGGUUAGAGGGGAUUAGUGUCUGUUUUGGUUUGGUAGUAAAUUCACAUCCAUGUCAGUCACCACUGGCUGCCGACACGCCAACAACACAACGGAUUCACUUUCACAGGUCAUCCACUGAAAUAUCAGGACCGGACUAGCACGAACGAGGGUGGAUUUAACCCUCUCCGGUGAUUCUGUGGUUGAAUCAUCGCCAUGAGACAGACGAUGGAGGACGGUGUCAGUGAUGUACUGUCCAGUGUGGUGACGGACGUCGGUCAAGCUGUCAGUAGAAAUGUUGGAGGUGCUGAAGUCCUUCAUGAACUACUGAGUGCACCAUGGCUGCACGCCCUGAUGAAGAGUUAUGAGUGCCUGUUGCAGUUUCAGAGACUGAAGCCCAGCCCUUUUUUGCCUUAUUCCUCAGGUCUCUCCCAUGAGAUUAUGACUGUAAUGAAGAAGAUUCACCAUCCUUCAGCUGAAGUUAGAGAACUCUAUGGCCUCCUCAACUCACCUCAUAUACAGGCACUGCUUUCCUCCCACGACAGCAUAGCCCAGUCAGACUUUGAACCUGUUUUACCGCCUCUGCCAGAAGAGUUUCCUGAGGACGAAGAGGCCAUGAGGAUCGUCUGUCUGGUGAAGAACAAUCAGCCACUGGGGGCGACAAUAAGGAGGAACGAGGAGACUGGAGAGAUCUACAUUGCAAGGGUGAUCCAUGGAGGACUGGCCGACCGCAGUGGUCUUCUCCAUCCUGGUGAUCAGCUGGUGGAGGUGAACGGAAGUCCAGUGGUGGGAUUAGAACCAGAGCAGGUUAUCAAGAUACUGAUUAACUCUCAGGGUACAAUCCUGUUCAAAAUAAUUCCAGAUGCAGUUCAGUCCAGCAGCAGUCAGAGACCGGUGUUUAUGCGGGCCAUGGUGGACUACUGCCCCCUUCAGGACCCCUCCAUCCCCUGCCCUGACGCCGGGGUGGCGUUCAGCAGAGCGGACCUUCUGGAGGUGGUGGACCAGUCCGAUGGAUACUGGUGGCAGGCCAGGAAGCUGCCGUGUACGACGUCCUGCGCUGGUCUGAUUCCAUCUGCCAGUACACUGAAGAGUAAACAGAGGGAGCAGUGGUGGAGUCAGCCGUUACAGGUCCACACCUGCAUCCAGCCCCUGACCCUGGCUGACAAUGAGAUGGAGUCGACACACGCUGAAGACAAACUCACAAUGGCAGAUGACAACGAAAUAAUUAUCGAUGAAGCUGAUUCUGACAUAACAGAAGGAAUCUACCUGGCCGGUUUCCGUCGAAGUUUCCGUCUGUGGAGGAGGACGUCGUUCAGGCGGCGGCGUCAGUCCUGCACCACCUGUACGCCCAGCGGCAGCGGUCUGUCCACGCCAUACGAGGAGGUGACUCUGUACCAGCGCCCCCCGCAGGAGAACCACCGCCUCAUCAUCCUUGUUGGUGCCUCAGGAGUCGGAGUUAAUGAACUGAGGAAGAGACUCAUUAAAAUGAACCCGUCAACCUUCCAGGGUCCUGUACCUCACACCACUCGUCCAAUCAGACCAGAGGAGCAAACAGGAAGAGAAUACCACUUUGUGAGCAAAGAGCUGUUUGAGUACAUGGUCUGUAACCACAGGUUUGUGGAGUACGGUGAGAGUAAGGGUCACCUGUACGGGACGAGCUCGGACGCCAUCGACGACGUGCUGAAGCGAGGACGGAUGUGCAUCGUCGACGUCGAGCCUCAUAGUAUCCUCUCACUGCGGACAAGGAAACUAAAGCCCUAUGUGAUCUUCAUCAAAGCUCCCAGUUCAGAAAGACUGAGAGAGACUCGGAAAAACGCAAGAAUCAUCACCAACUACACCAUCAACAGGGCGUUCACGGAGGAUGACUUCUCUGAGGUGGAGGACAGUUCCCAGCUGAUCGAGGCCAAGUACAAACAGUUUUUCGACUGCACGUUGGUGAACGAUGACCUGCAGGACGCCUGUAUGCAGCUCUGCUCCAUCAUCCAACAGGCCCAGGAUGAACCCCAGUGGAUCCCCGUCAGCUGGACCCGGACUGAGGACUAGAACAGGACCAGAGGAUGGACAUGAGGACACUAAAAGUAGAAGAAGACAGAAGUAUAGAGAUAAGUGUUGUUCUACCGGUGGAGGAGUCACUGGAUCAGUGGGUGAAUGCAGUAGAACUGAACUGGACUCACAAGUACAGACCUGAUGGACUCAUUUUUAUGGAACAUCUCUGUUUUUACCGCACAAACAUCUGAUGUCCAAGGUGACAUUAGUUUGGUAAAUUCAUUACGUGUUAGCUUUGUUGUAAAAUAAUAGGCGUUUCUCAAAACACAUUCUUGUCUGUUCUUCUGUUCUCAUGAAACAUCAUCAGUCCAGGCCCAAGUUGUGUUCCAUUUAAAACUUCACACAAACCAAGAUCAGAUGGAAUAUGCGAUUGUUCUUAUUGUCUUUUAGCUUAAACCAAGGAUUCACUGGUUGGUGACUCGUGUGGACUUGGCUGCAAAUAUCCCAUGAUGCAUUUCAUGUUGCUCUCAAAGGCAACAGCAGCUUCUGUGAAAACUGACCUCAGAAAUGUUUUAUUGUGUAGAUGAUGAUGAUGUGAUAUAAUGUUGGAACACACGCCAGAGGCAGAACAA